AUGGAGCUUUUUUCUCUUCUAUUCAUAACUUUCUGCUUUGCUUGCCAAGCUCUCAGUGCCGCAGUCGGAGACUCAAAGCCUGGCUGGAUCACUAAACAGGUUGCCAUGUCUGACGGGUCGACUGACACCCUCUAUAGUCGUGAUACCUUUGUCCAUGCGGGAAUAGAGGCACGGAAGCAUAACGAAACGGCCAAAUUCAGGUUCGAAGGGGGCGACGCCCAGCGCUCUUGUGAGUCGGUAAUUAUGGCUCGCGCGCCAUGGAUUACUCCCGCCGAGGCCCAGAAAUGCGCAGAUCUGGGGAUUCAGAUACUCGGCCAACCUGGAUAUUGGGAGGGAUGGGACUGGCCGGGGGGUCACAACACCUAUAGUCUCGCUAGGCUCGCCGACUGUGAGUUUGGCAUCGCCAGAGUCGAUGGUCUCGAUAGUCAAGCCAAGUUUGGCAAUCUCGACGUAGGAUACCUGCUCGGCAACGUUUCAGAUGCCCAAAACGGCCUCGUCGUGGACAGCGGCGUCGUCCAAGUUGGCGGCUCGAUGCGCUGCCUCGGGGCACCCAUGUCGUUUACGGUCGGCAAGACGGCUUGGCCCUUGGCCGAUGUGGAGAGUGAGAAGAAGGGAAAGCCGCGAAGGGCCGAGCGAUGGAGCAAUUGA